AUGGAACCUACCGCAACCGUGACUGCGGCUCCAAUGAGGCUGAUUGACUAUCUCUCCCUGAUUUGGAAAGUCCCAAUCAUCCUGUGUCGGUUCGCCUCUCUCUUCGUCAUCCGCUGCACCUGGCCGCGCAGCAAGGUCUACUCGCUGCACUGGCGCCAGAAGCUGCCCCUGACGCUCCUGGCCGCCGUGUCCAGAACGUUAAACAUCCGUCAGCUGAACGCGACGAUCGCGCGUCGCCCCCUCAGCGGGCAGCAGAUUGCCCAGUACUGCGCGGCCAACGGCCUCGGGCACGGCCACGUCACCGUGCCGCAGCCGCGCGGAGCGGCGUUCCCCCCCGCCAGCCUGCACGUGGUUACGCUGGAGGGCGCGGAUCCGGAAGGUCCUACGGUGUUCUACGCCCACGGCGGGGGGUACCAGUCGCCGAUGCGCGCCGCCGGGUGCGUCCCGAUGGUGACGCACAUGGCCAAAGCCUGUUCCGCUUCAGAGAUUGUGUUCCUGGAAUACUCGCUCACGCCAGCCGUGCGGUAUCCGGGUCAGCUCGCGCAGGCCGUCGAGGGACUGCGCUACCUGAUCGACCAAGGGCGUUCACCCUCCAAGCUGAUCCUGGGAGGGGACAGCGCCGGCGGCCACCUCAUUGCGAGCGUGCUCCUGCACCUCCAGGAGCCCUGUCCGGGCAUCGCUCCGCUGGAGUUGAAGGACGGGCAGCGCCUGGGUGCUGCGGUUCUGCUGUCCCCGUGGCUGCGCAUGAGUGAGGAGCGCGCGGCCGCCAGGGUCAACGAGGCGUACGACUUCCUCCUGUCCAAGCACGUCGACAACUUUGCGAGGCUGUUCGACCCGACGGCAGGCCAGGUAUGGGGGCACAUCAUCGAGGGAGAGGACGCAAAGACGCGCUGGGCCCGCGCGGUCGGACGGGAGCAGCCGGCGCCGCCGGUCGUGGGUAAGCUGCUGAUCACGGCCGGCAGCGCCGAGCUGCUCUUUGAUAGCUGCGACGAGUUUGCGCGGGAGUACGUCGGUGCGAAGACCCUGAGCAUGGAUUCGAAAGCGAAAGAGGCGGACGUGAAGGAAAUGAUGAGGGCGGAGAGCGUGCUCCUUGCGGUCGGCCCCAACGAGGUCCACGUCCAGCCAGCCCUAGACGCUUCUCAGGGAUACUAUGAUGGAGGGACCAUGAAGGCCAUUACAUACUUUCUGCAGGAGUUUGAAUAG